AUGCCAUCAAGCACCAGUACCGUUUUACUCUACUUUCUUGCCAUUUGGCUGCCCUUCCUGCCCGUCCUAAUCGUGCGUGGCUGCAGUGCAGACCUUCUGAUUAACAUCGCGUUGGACAUACUCGGAUGGAUCCCAGGUGUGAUUCAUGCCUGGUACAUCAUUAGUCAGAACGAGAAGCAGGAGCGUGUUGGUGUUGACCCUGGACUUGGAAGCAGCUAUGGGAACCGGGAGAAGCCAGUGACGUAUUAG